CAGCUUAAUACAGCACAGGAGAAUACAUUGCAGGACAUGUAUUUAAUCAAAUGCACAAAUGUAUGCUGUCCUUAUCAUGUAUAAAUUCUAUCUGCCUAAAAGCCUAGGAUAAGGCAUCAUAAGAGUCUAGGCUAGCAUUAGAUUCUUGACAAAAAAGAAGAAAGAACAAUGUUGUCUUGUCUAGGUCAUGAAUCAGUAUUAUGAGCAACUGUUCUGUCUGCAGUUUCCUUUUUUCUGUCCUAAACUAAGUCUGAGGAAGAAAAUAGGAGAGCAGACUUAAAAGAAGUUCAAAGAGCCACUUAGCUAUAUUUCCCCCAACAAGCUUGCCGUAUAUCACCAACUUUUAUUGCCUUAUAUCGCCCUUUCCAUGAAAAUGCAUCAAAAUUCUUAUUUAUAGGCUGGUGAAGCACUUAGCUUUUCUGGGUUGUUGUUGGUUAGCCUCUAUGUAAACUCAAGUAGGCUUAUCUAAUCCUACAAACUGUUUUCAGUACUUUGUUUUUCCUGCAGUUCUCUUAUGAUCCAUAUGAAUUUCGAGUAGUUUCUUGAUUGAAGUAGUCAUUUUCACUGCAGUUUGCAUAUACAUAGAACCAGAUAGGAUUAUCUUUCAUAUUUCCCUUGUUAUGGCAUCUGAUAAGACGGAGGAGUAUCAUCAGUUUCCGACUCUAAAUACUGUGAACAAAGAAUGGCUAGUAAAUCAUAAAGUCUCAGAGGAUACGAAGUUGGAGCUGAGGCUUGGUCCUCCUGGAGAAGCCCAUGGCUACAACAGCAAUACAAGUCAUGGAACAAAGAGAGCUUUCCAUCACACAACAGAUGAGACAAGAAUAGGAGAGAAAGCAAGUGAUAAAGUGAAUUCUACUCCAACUCCAUGGUUUGCUGGCAUGGCUGAGGACUUUAAGCAACCAAGUAGCUCUAAGAUGACACUGGGAGAGUUUCAAUUUUCUGAUAGGAAAGCAUGUUGUACUCAUUCUACUGCUGAUCCAGACGCCUCGACAAACAAUACCUCAAAUAAAAGAAUUGCAUAUUCCCCAGUUGUUGGGUGGCCUCCGGUUCGAUCAUUCCGGAAAAAUCUUGCAAGCAACAGCUUGUCGAAGCCAGCUUCUGAAUCAUCAAAUGACAAGGACACUGAAGUCAAACCAGAAAAUCCCAAAACUCAGUUGUUUGUAAAGAUCAACAUGGAAGGAAUCCCUAUUGGAAGGAAAAUAAAUCUCAGUGCCUAUAGCAGCUAUGAGGAACUCUCACUUGCUAUAGAUGAACUGUUCAGUGGUCUGCUUGCAGCUCAAAGAGAUCCAUCUGCCACCCAAAACGAAAGCAAGACCAAGGAAUUAGCCAAAGCAGAUGCAGGUUCAUUAGCUGGAAGUGGGGAAUAUACUCUAAUUUAUGAAGAUGAUGAAGGAGACAGGGUGCUUGUUGGAGAUGUCCCAUGGCACAUGUUCGUUUCUACUGCAAAGAGGUUACAUGUAUUGAAGAGUUCUGAAACUUCAACUCUACAAGUUUGUAGGAAUGAGAAAGAAAAGGCCCCAUUGGAUCCUGCAAUCCAUAUUUGAAGGUAACUUCAUGAGAGAUGGUGAAUUUUGUUAUAUCUUUCAGGUGGAGAAGUUCUGGUGGUGAGAAACUUCGAAUCUAUCAUUUGCAGUCAUUUUCAUGGAAGUUGGCAUAUGAGCUAUGAUGUUCAUAGAAUAAGUUAGUGAAUAUGAUUUGGUGGAUUCUCUGAGAUGUAUUUCAAUUUCAAUGUUGCUUCUUUUUCUUU